GAUGGGACGGCCAAAGACUAACAGCAUGAGGACAGAGGAGAGCCUAGGCUCCGGGAACGGUGCUUUCCGGGCGCCCGGGUGACCGCGGACCUCGGCGGCACGCCGCUCCCAGGCCCCGCCCCUCCGCCGGCUCACGUGACCGUGAGGUGGUGGGGGGGCGGGCGGCGUGGCCAGGGGCAGAGUGGCUGGGUGAUUUUGGCUGGGCGAGCAAGAGCGAUGGCGGGCGUGGUGGACUUCCAGGACGAGGAGCAGGUGAAGUCCUUUCUGGAGAACAUGGAGGUGGAGUGCAACUACCAGUGUUACCGCGAGAAGAACCCGGACGGUUGCUAUCGGCUGGUGGACUAUUUGGAAGGGAUCCAGAAGAAUUUUGAUGAGGCUGCCAAGGUGUUGAAGUUCAACUGUGAAGAGAACAAACACAGUGAUAGCUGCUACAAACUGGGGGCCUAUUAUGUGACUGGGAAAGGUGGACUAACCCAGGAUCUGAAAGCUGCCUCCAGCUGCUUUCUGAUGGCAUGUGAGAAGCCGGGAAAGAAGUCCUUGGAGGCAUGCCACAACGUUGGUCUCCUGGCACAUGAUGGACAGGUCAAUGAGGAUGGCCAGCCCGAUCUGGAGAGGGCCAGAGACUACUACACAAGGGCCUGUGAUGGCAGCUAUGCCUCUAGCUGCUUCAACCUCAGUACCAUGUUCCUGCAGGGCGCCCCCGGCUUUCCCAAGGACAUGGGCCUGGCAUGCAAAUACUCAAUGAAAGCCUGUGACCUAGGCCAUGUCUGGGCCUGUGCCAAUGCCAGCCGCAUGUACAAGCUGGGGGAUGGUGUCGAUAAGGACGAAGCUAAGGCUGAAGAGCUAAAAAGUCGGGCCCGACAGCUGCACAAAGAGCAGCAGAAAAAUGUCCAGCCUGUAACGUUUGGGUAGUGUGGCCGCGCUCCUAGGCAGCAGUCAGCCUGAGGCUGGCACCUCCUACUUCUGAUGCAGCCCUUGGAGGUCGACCUGCUGGAGCAGAAAGACUUGGGAUUUAAUAUCAAUAACUCUGAUUGUAUAGACCCAUUGCCCCAGAGUGUCACCCACGGGGAUAUAGUCUGAAAUGUGUACUUCAAUCAGUAUUCCUUUAUCUGGUGUGAUCCACAUUGAUGGGAUUUUGGUUCUCAAACUCUUGCAGCUCUGUGAAAAACAGCAAACCAGUGAGCCAUAGAGAUUGGAGGGGUGGGCAGGAGAGACAGAGCAGGGAGUUGGAAAAAUUAGCAGCCACAGGGCCUGAAAGAAUCAGACAUCAUCAUCAUUAUCAUCAUUAUUUUAGUUGGGAGGGCUUAAAAAAUCAGAAAGUAUCUUGAUUUACAUAAUAGCGGGUUUAAGGAGCUAAGAACAGUUAAAUAGUCAAUGACUGCCACCCUCUGACUUAAUCGUUGGUGUGGGCUUCCUUUUUGCCUUUAGAGUCAGAUCUUUCAGCAAAUUCAGAGAUUGGGAGUUACGUGUGACGUAACAGUUAAAGGCCAUUAUGCUUCAGGGUUGCUAAAGAGGAUACAACAUAAGCCUUCCUUUAGUGGAGACAUUCACACGUUAAAAAUUAACAUCCCCAGGCUACUCAUCUGGCACAGCUAAUAAGGUAACUUCAGCUAGGGAUUUGUAUGCAAGGGUUGGUGAUACGUUUUGUCCCUCAGAGCUGAACCUUUUUAAUUGUCCCUGUGAAUAAACUAUUUUGAUUGA